UUCAUCUAAAGCACAAGCCUUACUAUUUGAAAGAGACUCUUAUCAUGUUCAGAAGUGUCUUCUCCCGAGGGGCUGCUGCAUUCGGUUCCCGAAUGUACGCUAGUAUAGCCAGACCGGUUUUAAGCAAGCCAACUUUUUUCAACUUGAACCAAUCCCCAGUCUCAAAAUCAUUCAUAAACCAAAUUCAAUUUCCACAAUCAUCUAUAGCUUCUAAUUUGAAUGCCUGGGAAACCCCGGGUUUAGAAGACACCGAUAUGUCAUUAGAAAACGAUAAUACCAUGUACAUGGACUCCGUGUUGAGAAAGAGAAGAUUAAAGAUGAAGAAGCAUAAGUUAAGAAAAAGAAGAAGAGCUCAAAGAUCGUUGAAGAAGAGAUUAGGUAAAAUUUAAGCAUCCUUUUCAAAAAAGCACGGAACUUCUAAUCCACCAUAUCGUAUUCGUUCAUGUCGUGUCACUUCCUAUGAAACCCAGAUAUAUCAUUUUCUCACGUCCUCAGAGUAAGUUCUCUAUAAAAAACAAUUCUGUAUAUACUUUCUAUUCAUUUAUCUAAUACAUCGAGUC